UCGAGGUAGAGUUUAGGAUUGACACAAACGAAAGACGAAUGUAGCACGCUGUGUCGAUAAACGCUGCAUCUAGCAAGGAUUGGGGAGAGAACAACAUUAAGUUUCAUCGAAAACAACAACGAGCAGGCGACAGCAGAAUAAUGUUUUAUAUCGCAAUUGCAGGAUUCGAUAUCAAGAUAUUCGCAGGUUCGUAAAUUUCAUUUACCUUGUUAAUGACAACUAAAUCAAGAGUGAAAAAUAAGACGACUUCACUUCAAUGUUAACAUUUGACAGGUGAACUAUCGAAUAACCUGAGCUAGCAGAGGGAUCUGUUAUGGUGUCAGGUGCUACAUAUUAAAUGCGAUGGAAUAUUGAAUCUAAGCUGCAGUGAAAGUAUUCCUCGGCAUUUCAUAAGAACUGAGUUUGCAGUGAUUAAGGUUUGAUUGAGUGGCGGGUGCCGUCAGACGGAUGGAGUUCUCGGUUUGCUUUGUGGAGAAUAUUGCUUUUGCUCGCCACUUUUGACAGCUUUGGUACUAAUGGGAUUUCAUUUUUUAUCUGAUGUGUGUUGGAUAUGACCUCUGAGUUUUGACUGCUCUUCUUUCGGGACUUUAGACAUUAGAGGUGAUUUUUCAUUUACCGUUCCAAAGCUGCUCAUGAAACAGCGAAGUUGAAGUGCAAAAGCAUCUUAUUAGUGGUCAGAAAUUUUCUGAAUGUAUCUUAACCUUAACUUUCAUUUUAUUUUUAAAGGCAAAUGACAUUCGUCCACUUGAAAGAGCAGUAUCAAUUCCACUGCUUUGAUUUAAUUGUAAAAUUUGCGAAGACCUCUUUUGACGAUAGACGUUCCUUUGUCAAUGAUUUGAUGAUCGGUGAAAAUUUCAUGGAAUUUGAGCUUUCAUCUUGACAAUUAAACGGUUACCAAAUUUUGAGGUAGACAAGAACAGUGUCCGUCACUGAAACUAUUUCAGUGUGAACAUUCUAGAACCGAUACAUAAAAAGGAGGGUAUUAAGUAUUACUCACUGAUUAGAUGACACCUUCCGUGACCUUUUUAACAGUUUUAUGUGAAUGCGGUUAAAAUACAAUUAUUGUUAUUGUUAUCAAGAUGAGUUUUCCACCUCUUGAAAUCAGCAUAUCAACUGACGACCUAUCGAAUGGUGAGAUGCAAUGUACAGAGGUGCUCAAUCUAACCAAAGAAGAUGAUGCCGAGUCGUACGGCUAUAGUCGAGGAGAGACGUUCUACGUAACCGCCUUUCUCCCACUGGUUCUGACCUUAGGAGUUCUUGAUAACUCAGCAUUUAUUUAUGUAGUGUUCCGCGUACCUCGAAUGCAGACCUCCAUCAACUGCUACCUUCUGAACCUAGCAGUUGCGGAUAUCGUCUUUCUGCUAUCAGGUAUCGGAGAGAAAAUCUGGCGGUUUCGCGGUUCUCCUAUCCUUGGAGAUGAUAACCCGCUAGGACAAGGGGGAUGCGUGUGGGUUUAUCUUGUCAUGGAUACAGCUUACUUCGCUUCACUUUGUUUUGUAAGUUUGGUAUCGAUUGAUCGAUACUGUGCCGUCUGCAGACCUCGUCAACGGUACGUUCAAUGCAAACCGAAGACUACUAUGUUGACCGUUGGAUCAUGGUUGACAUCUAUGUGCCUUUCCUCAGCACUCAUCCCAUCCAAUACGAAUUUAACUCAAGUAUGUUUGGUGCAUUCAGAUAGUGGCGUCUUUGUGGACUGGCCAACCCGGUGGGGCAUAUGCACACCUACAAAGCCAUGGAUGAAAGCGUAUGCGAACGGCAUGCAGACGAUUCCGUUUUUCUCCACGCUCAUUGUCAAUGUCACCAUGUUCGUAUUGAUCGUUCGAGGUCUAAAUCGAUCCAUAGAGCGUUUGCAGUCACACUCUGAAGGGGAGGCUGAGGUCGAUACCCACAUGCGUGAUCGAAUAGCACGAAUGCUUGUCAUCAACGGUGUCGCGUUCUUCGUGUGUCUCGCACCUUUUGAAAUAAUCUCCUUCGCGGAUAUGAUAUCGAGUGUAAGAGGUGAUGCGUACCCAAUGUCCAGCGAUGCCCAGGCCGGACUUCUCUACUUCAGUCGUUCUUUAGCCUAUAUCAAUUGUGUUAUCAAUCCCAUCAUAUAUACAGUGAUGAGCCACCGUUAUAGACUGGCCUUCAAGCAAGCGUUUCACCUAGGUGCUGCAGCAAGUCCGGUGUGCACAUCAACAGCAACCAAGUUCGUGGGAAGCACGACUAAUGAGUACCUUCGGGUCUCCCUUGACACCAGAGUCUAGAUAUCACUUAAGAAACACAUCAAACCAUGCCACCGUGGCCACAUAGGAGUUUUUAUGUUUCUUGAAUAUCACAAUUUUGUUAGUCAAUACCAAAGAAAAAAUAUAAACGCAUGCUUAUACCGAUGAAGCUCGCGGAAUAUUUUGAACGCUUCGCCUAUAUCAAGCGCCAUUUUAAAGGAACGUUUUAUUUUGUGAACGCCUUGUUCGGGAUUUCAGACAAUUACAUCACGAAACUAGAGGAUAUCUCUAUUAUUUUCGAUGUUUGAUUUACUUGAAACUGACGAAAAAUUAUGCGAACAAAUGUUGCAUGGACGUCAUUGUACAAAUUUCUUUAUCGAAUCCAUUACAGCGAACAAACGACCGACCAGAUAUGCAGGACAUUUUCACGGUGUAUUUAACUUGAUUUCCAUACUUUGUAAAAGCAUUUACAACUUGUCGUGUAGUUCUACUACACAAAGAUUAAACUGCAACAAAAUACGUUAUUUUCUUUAUCAGAAAUGCUCAUGCUAAUAAGGGGCGAAAACCCGUUGUUAUUUUCGAGGGUUUAAAAAAUAUUCAUAUGGCACUCUGUAACAUAGGGCCUAUAAUAUUUGAU